UUGUCCUUCAAAUGGUUGAGCACAUGCGCACCCGUUCCGUAUACAUACAGGCGAGUUCGUUUGUGUGCGAUGACUCAUACAUUCAAGGUACUCACUGAUUAAAUGUCAUGAUUCAUAUUAUAUUUCUUUGUAUUCGUGUCUCCCUCCAAUAUUUGUACAUUAGACAACAACGAGCAUUCCACACACCACAUACGUCUACAUUUAUUAUUUACGUUCAAAAUGGCCGAGAGUAAUGUUGUUUAAAUAAAGUAAAAAAGAUGAAAUAUUCAAAUUGUCAUUUUCAUAAUAUGUUUUUAAAUCGUGAAAAUAAUAUGGAGAAAACAAAGGAAACAAUGCAAUUGAGAAUAUCUAAUUUAUUGAUUGUUAAAAAUUCGUUUCGUUCUGAAAAAUGGGUAAAAAUUAAGCAGCAACAUGAAAUUCAGUGUAUUUUAAACGAAUCAUCAAGUUUUUGAUGCAAUUGCAAAAUGGCAAAGAAAAGAAUUCGAGAAUUUUUUUAUAAAACAAUUCAAUGCAUAACAUUAAAACGUUUAAAUUAAACGACACGAAAAUUGUGAAUAGUGAAAAAGUAAUAUAAUUGUAUAAAAAAGAAACAAAAAUCGGAAAUGUCGACCACAAAAAUGGAAUUGGAAGUGAACGAAAGCACUGGUAAAUUUUACAUUCAUAACAAAACCAACAACAACAAUAGCCACAGUAUCCACAGUGAUCGAAUCGAACAAACAACGGCCACCAAUACAUUGGUUAGUUCGAUAAAAAGUUUUGUGUCGAACAUUUUCAUAAAACCAAUCAUCGAUAUGACAUCCAUGAUUGUGGGUACCGAUUUAACCGAUAAUAAUCAUCAUCACCACGAAACCAACAGCCUUUCGAUAUCACUAAAAUCAAUGCUGUGGAACGAGACCACAACGAACGAUUGUGGUGGCGUCGUUAUCAACGGCAAAAAUAAGAUCGGCGUCGGCGGCGGUGUUGGUGUUGUUAUGGCGGCCAAUACCACAAUGAACGGUAGUUCACCAACAAAAUCGCCACCAACAAUUUAUUUAGAUAAUCAUAGUAGCGAUAGAAUUUUUAUUAGUAGCUGUGAAAAAUCCGUUGUUUUGAUGAAUUUUUAUCAGCAAGACACAUUUUUUGACUGUGAUGAUUAUAUUGAUGGUGGCGAGGAUACGAUCGAUUUUGUUGCCGACAGCACGAAAAUUCAAUAUAAUUCAUAUGGCGAUGAAUUGUUGCCAACAAAACAUUUAAAUGAUUCACCAAAGAAUAAUUGUUCAGCAUUAAGUACAUUCGAUAAAACGCCCGAAUUAUUUAAAAACGAUGUAAACAUAAAAACCGAACAACCAAUUCCAUCGCCCGAAAUAAUUCCAUACGGUUGCAUAUUUACGAAAUUCUUUCGUUUAGACAAUUCGAAAGAGAAAUCACCAUUGUUAGCAAUGUGUUAUAAACAACAUAAAGCACGACAAUUACAACAAAUAAAUAAACCAACGUCCAAAGAACGACCAUCGAUGUCAUCAUCAUCGUCAUCAUUAUCAAUGUCACCGUGUCGACGCACCUCAGAAAUCGAAAGUGAUGAUAGUUUCAUUGUAUUUGAGGAGAGUAGCCCUAAAUCGACGAACAGUGUUGAUGACCUCAUCGGCACAACACCAACAACAACAACACUCAAAAAUUAUUAUAAUCGUCAACGCCAAUUAUCCGAAUGCAGCGAUGAUUUUAUUCUAUUUGAAGGCGAUCCCGAUGACGAUACCACCGAUGAAGAUUUCACCGAUUCAACGGACGACAGUGAUAGUGAGGAUGAAAGUGAUAUUGAGAGUGAUUGUUUGGAUUAUACAGCAAUAUUGAUGCGGAAGCAUGAUGUCGAGAAUAAAGAUCAACCAGAUUCUGGUUUUGAAGAGAAUAAAGAUCAAGAUUCUGGUCCUGAAGAGAAAAAGGUGACGUUCAAUCUGCGCCCAACAGUACAUGAGAUACGUGCAUGGAAUUAUGCAUAUUCGGAAGCUCGCAAAGGUAAAUGGGAGCAAAUGGGCCGUGAUCGAGAACGAUUUGAAAAGCGCAUUAAUGAACUGAGCCACAUUCUGUCACCAAUCCUAAAAGCCGAUCAUCGACAGAAAAUUUAUAAACAACGUUUCAAUGAUGAGCAUGUGAAUCACAAUACAAAACACAAAACACAACACAUAUCAAAUAAACGCAAAAAACUUCGUAAAUGAGCAACACACAAAACAAAUCAAGCAACUUCUUUGACGAACCUGUAAUCCAGAUUAAGAUACAGUUUUAUAAGAAAAUACACACACCCACACGUCUUUUUCUUCUCUGAAAAUGCAAUUUUUUCUCUGAAAAGGGGAAAAAAUAUCAAAAGAAAAAAAAUCGCGAUUGUUAUCGAGACCUAAGACUCCACACCAAUCGAAUCAAAAUCCAUGUAAAAAAAUAUAUAUCGAAAAUUUGGGGGGGUUCUUUUAAAUUAUACCGAAAAAAGAGAAGAAAAACAAACCGAUCGGAACUGAAAGUACAAUAAAAAUUCUUUGCUUUACACAAAAUACAAACACACAAAGAAAGGGAAAUUACGUUUAAUUGUAAUUCAUUAAAUUCUUAAAUGAUGGGAAAAAUCAAUCAAAUUUAAACUUUCAACUAAAUAAGAUCGUUUCGGGUGACGGUGGUGUUUCUGUUUCAUUAGAAAUACUAUGGUAAUAUUUUUUUUUAAAUUCAUUCGAAUGGUGUGUACAUUCGGCGAAAUAACAUUUGUUGAGUAAAGUAUAAACGAAAAUUGUUGAAAAUUUGUUCAUUGUUUAUUGUGCAAUUUUUCUCGCCAAAUAUUUUCAAAUUAAACGAAAAGUACACAAAAUCACACACAAAGAGAAAGAGAAAAAGAGAAAGAAUUUUAAAAUAACAACCACGCAAGUAUCUCAUUCGUAAAAAUGAAUCAAUAUAGAUCGUGUUAUGUUCUAAGUUGUAUGAUGGUGAGCUAGAAUUAAUUUGAAUAUAAAAAAAAACACAAUUUGGCUUAUAAAUGUAUAAAACCGAAUAAAAUGAUGAUUUUUAAAUUAUUUA